GUGUGUGUGGAUACAUACUCAUCAUCAUCUUUGCUGAAGCGUCUCACAGCGGAGAAAAGCCAUGGCAGCUGCGAACCGUGUCCUUGUUUACGGAGGGAAAGGGGCUCUCGGCUCGGCGUGUGUGCAUUAUUUUAAGUCCAAAGGCUGGUGGGUUGCCAGUAUUGACAUCGGAGCUAAUGAAGAGGCGAACGCAAACGUCCUGGUGAAGAUCUGCGAGUCAUUCACCGAUCAAGCCGCUCAGGUGACAUCGGAUGUAUCCAAACUGCUGGGAGAAAACAAGGUUGAGGCCAUUGUUUGUGUGGCUGGAGGAUGGGCUGGGGGAAACUGCAGCUCGAAAGACUUGUAUAAGAACUCUGAUAUGAUGUGGAAACAGAGUGUCUGGACCUCCACCAUCUCCAGUCAUCUUGCAUCUCUCCAUCUGAAGCCAGGAGGCCUGCUUACCCUCGCUGGAGCAAAGGCUUCACUGGAUGCCACUCCAGGUAUGAUUGGUUAUGGCAUGGCCAAGGCUGCAGUCCAUCAGCUGUGCAAGAGUCUGGCUGGAGAGAACAGCGGUCUUCCUUCUGGAGCUGUAGCUGUGGCCAUUCUUCCGGUUACCUUGGAUACACCAAUGAACAGGAAAUUCAUGCCUGACGCAGAUUUCGGCAGCUGGACACCACUGGAGUACAUCGCAGAAACCUUCCACAGCUGGGCCACUGGGUCAGGCCGUCCAGCCUCAGGCAGCCUCAUACAGCUGGAGACCACUGGGGGGAAAACCGAGGCCACGGCCAUCCAGUAAAGGAGGAACAGAUGGAAAAAAGAGAAAAAUGAAGAGUGGAGGAGAGUGAUGUUUACCAAUAUACUGUGCAGCAGAGGAGAGAGAAAUAAUGUGGCAUUUCUAUUCAGUCUCAUUGGAAAUACAUUGUACAGUAUCUUUGAAUGACCAAAGUAUUAACCAACUUAAAGGGUUAGUUCACCCAAAAAUCCAAACUUACCAUUUAUUCUCCCUCAUGUGGUUUUAAAAGCUUUAUGAGUUUCUUUUUUGUGUUGAACACAAAAUAAAGAUAUUGCUGGUUAAGAAAAGUUACUAUACAGGUUAAUUGGUGCUAACUAUACCCGAAUACCAGAAAGAAAGAAACCCAAAUAGGAUAUGAACAAGUGGAUUUUCACUUUUGGGUAAACUAUUUCUUUAAUAUUGAUGUAAUAGAUAUCUAACCCAUGUGAAAAGGCAAAUCAUUUCACCUUAUAAUGUGACACAUUUCAAAUUUUGCAUCUAAACUCAGAAAAGUGAACAAAUUUUUUACUUUUUUUCUUCAGAACAUGACAAUUGGACAUAAUAGCAAGUGUUUACAUUUGAAAAUUGGGAUUAUUCCACCAAAUACAGCCUUCUUAACUCAUUAGAUGUUAAAAUUGGUGUUGUGUUGUCAAAAAAUCAAUAUAAACAUAUCAAAACAAGGUGCUUUUUGUCAUUUUUUGCACAAAAAAUACUCUAAAGCUCAUUUCUUUUUUCAGUUCUUUUUUCAACAGAAGUUUCUUUCUUCUGUUGAACACAAGAUAGGAUAUUUGUUUAAAAAAACAUUACUAUAUCGAAGUCAAUUGGUGCCAACUAUAUCAGAAUUUUUCCAAAUAUCUUCUUUUAUGUUCAACAGAAGAUAGAAACUCGACUAGGUUUUGAAGAAGUGAAGAGUAAAUUAUGCCAGAAUAUAUAUUUUGAGGUAAACAAUCCCUUGAUGUAAUAAUUGUCUUAUGUAUGGCCAUGUGAAAAGGCAGAUCAAUUAAAUUUGACAUUUGAUUUGAAAAGUAUUUUUAGAAUUUGUCGUUUAAUUUUGAACAAAUUUACAUUUUUUUCUUCAAAAAUGAUGGUAAUAUGUUGGUAAUAAUAGCAAAUGUUUUCAUUUGAAAAUCAGGAUUAUUGCACCAAAUACUGCCUUCUUUAUUCAUUGGAAGUUGAAAUUGGUUUUGUUUUAUCAAAAAAAUCAAAAUAGAAACGUCAAAACAAGGUGCUAUUUGUCAUUUUAUGCACAAAAAAUGCUCGAAAGAUCAGUUUAAUUUUAAAUUGGAGUUUAUUUCUUCUGUUGAACACAAAAUAGGAUAUUUGGUUGAAAAACAUUACCAUGCCAGUUAAUUGGUGCCAACUAUAUCAUAAUUUUUCAAAAUAUCUUCUUUUAUGUACAACAGAACGAAACUCAAAUAGGAUUUAAAGAAGUGAAGUGUAAAUUAUGCCAGAAUUUAUAUUUUGAGGUAAACAACCCCUUGAUGUAAUAAUUAUCUUAUGUAUGGCCGUGUGAAAAGGCAGAUAAUUUCACUUUAUAAUGUGAGACACUUCAAAUUUUGCAUCUGAUCUGAAAAGUAUUUUUAGAAUUAUUGUCGUUUAAUUUUGAACAAAUUUCAAACUUUUUUCUUUAGAAAUGACAAUUGGUCAUAAUGCAAGUGUUUUCAUUUGAAAAUCAGUAUAUUCCACCAAAAACUGCCUUCUUUACUCAUUGGAAGUUGAAAUUGAUGUUGUUUUGUCAAAAAAAUCAAUAUAAACACGCCAAAACAAGGUGCUAUUUUGUCAUUUUAUGCACAAAAAAAUCCUCUAAAGCUCAUUUUUAUUUUAAAUUUGAGUUUCUUUCAUCUGUUGAACACAAAAUAGGAUAUUUGGUUGUUUGUUUUCAACAGAAGAAAGAAACUCCACUAGGUCUUGAAUAAGUAAGGGUGAGUAAAUUAUGGCAGAAUUGUAAUUUUGGGUGAACUACCCCUUUAAGACUUUAUUAGACUAUUUGUUUGUUUUCAGUCACACGUCAAACUUUCAUUAUGUUAAGUUAAAAUUUAGCAAUUAAUCCACAAAUCACAUUGGUUCUAAAUUGUGGUGUCUGGUCAUUAUAAUAUAUUUUUAACACCACACAUCCAGCAAUGUGACUAUUGUUGAUUAUUGCAGUGUUGAUGCUCAAACUAUCUAUUGUAGAUAGCUUUAGAUUGCAUUUUAAAAGAAGAAGAAAAAAAAGAUGUGAAGAAACAACAUGUUUUCACCACUUCUGUGCAGGAUUACAAUGACUAAAUUGUGUUUUAUUGAAUUAAAGACUUGAAUUAUUUAAAAAAAUGAAAUUUAAUUGACAGUACAGUACAUCUUACUGAUAAACCAUACAAUAUACAUGCAAGAAGAUGGAUCACAGUAUGAAUGUCAGGAUAUACAGUAUCUCAAUACAUUGGGCCAUUUUAAGCAUUUUUCAUAAAAUAUAGGGAACGUUUACAAUGCAGUUUAAGUAAUUGCAUUCAUAUUCCAGGUAAAUCUGUUUGGCUGUAGAUAGUUUGCAUCAUGUGUGAGAUAUGCACCAAAUUUGGACUUUUAAUACCACUGCCUUGCUACAUUAGUACAUAGUAUAAAAUCAUGGUAAAAAAGAAUGGUGGUUAAUGGAGGAUAUCCUUGUAUAAAUGUGUGCCGCUGUCGUAUGUGAAACGUACAGUCUUCUGUUCAGAAAAGUGGCCUUAGUUUGUGUAACUGUGUGUGAGUGAUUGAUUAUCAAUUCCCAUGAAAUCAUGUUUGGAUGCUUAAAGUAGUUUUCCUCUCCAGUGUGUUGUGGUGCUGCUGAAUGUGUACCAUUCCUGCGUAAUAAAGAAAAACAAACACUA